AUGCACAGCCGGUCACAGUGCAGCAGGUCGCAACAUAGCAGGCCGCCGUUGAACUCGCCGACCAGUGCCCGCGGAAAGGUGAGGCAACAGAAGCCCACUCCUCCAGCAAGGGCUCAGGUGCACCGCGAUGCACAUGGCAGCGGCUACGAGUGCUGCGAGCUGCCUUGCAAGUAUGGCGCACGCAACGAGUUUCCCUGCUGCCGCCGACCAGCACCGCGGUGCAUGGCCACCGCUCCUAUCGAGACCUGCAGCUCGGAGACGUACAGCGACCCGUGUGUGCACGAAGUUGGGGCACCGGGUGCGCCUCAAGAUCCGGCUGUUGUGGACGGCGGACGGCCAGAACCUGCUCCCAACGGCCCAGUUCCCAUCCUUGUGACCGCUGCGCCGGUUGACCUGCCUGGCUCCGGCACUCUCUUCUGCGUCGUCUUCUUUCUUGCCGUGAUGUUCGUCGCCGCCAUAGUAGCCCAGGUAUACCUCAUGCACGUCAAUUCCUACCAUGACCCCUUCCUGCCUAGAUUUCACGACUACGAGAGAGUUGACUCGCCGCAACAUCGGCAGCAUAAUUCGGCCGAGCGCAAAGAAAGCACCGUGCCAACGCAGCCAACUGUUCCCUGGAAGGUGAACCCUGGAUUGGGCUCGAGGCCGCACGGUUACGUCUCGCGUCGUUCCCACGCCUACUCGAACGUCAGUAGAACCACUCGGGCUGACGACGAUAGAUCGGUCGUCGAAGGACGCCAACCAUCGGUGGUGCCUCCGUCGCAACUUCUUCGUGAUUACCCGCUACUGCCUCCUCGCGACUACCAGGGCGAAAGCAAGUCGAUCUGCAUGUUCCAUGCCACGAGCUCCGGUCGAACGCGCAAUGGCAUUCACUACAAGCCCUGGAAUUUCCCGUACCACCUUUGCACGCAUGUCGUCUACUGCUGCGCCGGCAUCUCGGCCGAGCUGGAGGUGAUUUCGCGCCACGUUGACAUCGAUAUUACCGAGGGAUUCAUCGCGUCCUUCGCCGCGAUGAAAAUCAAGAACCCCUACCUGCGCGUCUACAUCGGCAUUGGCAGCGACGACAAGGACCGCACGGCCUUUGCGAAGAUUGUCGCCAGUGUCGGAAUGCGGCAGCAGUUCGCCCAGAACGCGGUGACGUGGAUGCGGCGUGCACAGUACGACGGCAUGGUCCUCUACUGGAAAUACCCUUUUAUGGAGCAGAAGGCCAAGCUCGUGGACACGAUGCGAUACCUGCGGCAGGCGCUUCACGGCAUGGACCUGACCGUGGGCAUCGUGGUGCCGUUGGACGAGAUGCUCCGCGACCGCUUUAACGUGUCCGAGUUGUCGAGGUCACUCGAUGACUACACCAUCUUAAUCGACCCCAUAGACACCCAGGGUCCCUCGUACGACUCUACCUUCGUCCCUUUCAGGGACGGCACUGUGCGCAUGUAUGCCGGCGUCUUCAUGAGCACACUUCGACACAGCGGUGCGGGCGAUGACAAGACCAACGACGGUCGCUUCCAGCUGUGUUACAUGUUUCCGGUGAACGCCGUUUCGUUUACGCUGGAACGGGCAGCCCAGACUGAGAUCAACGCUCCGACAGUGGGCCCUGGGGAACCCGGCCCGAGUACCGAGGUUCCGGGUUCCCUCUCCUACGACGAGGUCUGCUCUCAAACGUGGGAGAACACCCGCCGCGUGAACUACGGCGUGGUCUCGACGCGCGGCAACCAGUGGGUGGUGUUCCAGAACCGGAGCUCCCUGCACGAACUGCUUACGGCCUUGGGGUAUGUCACAGGCCCUGCCAAGUGCUUCGGAAUCUGGGACCCAUUUUGGGAUGACUUCGCGGGAGCUUGCGGGGAGGGCCCGUACCCAUUGACGCGGGCCAUCUUCGCAAAAGUCGUUGGGCACAAGAUUCCCUUCAAGAAAAAGUCAAAUCGCUUGAACUUGCUUUAG